AUGGUUGUUCCCAUGAUAGCAGCGUCGGAGGAAGAGCUGGGGAAGAUUCAAAUUGGCAAGAGUGGUUCCCCAGGUACCUCACCCCAUCGAAGCAAAGCAUCAAGAGUCAGAGGACUGGAUGGCCUACUCAAUCUGCUAGCGAAACGCGGAGAUGUCGAACUGCAAGGCGCAAUACCAGUGCCCUACGAUGAGAGGACGGAGACGAACUUUUUCAACAUCUUCACGCUGUGGUUCUGUAUGAGCUGCAACCCCCUGCCAGUUACCUUUGGCAUGGUAGGAACCGCGUCUUUCGGUCUGAACUUGCGGGAUGCAUCGCUCGUCAUCUUGUUCUUCACCUUGAUAUCGACGGUGCCCGUUGCGUACUUUUGCACAUUUGGGCCCAAGACUGGUAUGCGUCAACUGGUGCAAGCCCGCUUCGCCUUUGGGAAGUACUUUGUGUCGCUUCUCGUGCUGUUGAACCUCGCAACACUUACCGGCUUCUGCGUGGUUGAUGCCACGAUUGGUGGCCAGGCACUGUCUGCCGUAAUGGAAGGCCGAACUAUCAACGCCACAAUCGGCAUCGUCAUCAUUUCCCUGCUCGCUAUGCUCGUCGCAUUCUGCGGAUUCCGCAUUCUGCAUCAUUACGAGCGCUGGGCGUGGAUCCCUGCCGUCAUCGCGCUGGUCAUUGCUGCGGGAUGUGGUGGUGAAGGGCUGAAGCAACAAGUAGAGGCUCCCGCUGCGAGCGCCCAACAAAUCCUGUCUUUCGGUGGCCUGGUCGCGAGUUUCAUGCUCCCCUGGGCCGCGCUCGCGAGCGACUUCAGCACUUACAUGCACCCCAAGGCUCCAUCCUCCCGCAUCGCCUUGUACACCUACGCGGGGCUCGCGCUGCCAACUAUCCUGCUCAUGACGCUGGGAGCGGCCAUGGGCGGUGCAGUGCCCAACGUUCCGUCUUGGGAAGCAGGCUACGAGCUCAACGCUGCCAGUGGUGUGUUGGCAGCCAUGCUGCACCCCGCUGGUGGUUUCGGACGGUUCGUCACCGUCGUCCUCGCAUUCAGCAUGUUGGGUAACCUGUCGGCGACCAUGUACGCCAUCACGCUGAACUUCCAGAUGGCGCUUCCAUGGUUCUUCCGCAUCCCGCGCGUGCUCUACGCCGUGCUGAUUACCGGCAUCGUCAUCGGCGUCGCCAUCCCAGCGGCCAAAUCAUUCUUCUUGAACCUCGAGAACUUCCUGGGCCUCAUUGGGUACUGGGCUGCAGCGUUUAUUGGCGUUGUGCUCACUGAGCACCUGGUCUUCCGGAAAGGAAGCCUUGCCGCAUACACCAAGGACGAGGGUGCUUGGGACGACACGACGAAGCUCCCUCCAGGCUUUGCUGCUGUUGGGGCUGCCGUGCUUUGCUUUGGGCUGGUGAUUCCAGGGAUGAGCCAGACUUGGUUUGUGGGGCCGAUUGCGGAGAAGACCGGGGAUAUUGGUUUCGAGGUCGCUUUGGUGUUGUCAGCUGUGCUGUAUGUUCCCUUCAGGAUGAUGGAGCGCAAAAAGUAUGGAAGGUAG